AGGGCUGGACUACAUAGGAUUUUGGCCAUUGAUGACUAAAUUGAGGUAGAUCUGAAUGACAGAGAUUUGCAGUCAGUUUCGAGGAUAUUUAGUCCCACCCUCCGCCACAACACACGUCAUGAAGAGAACUGAUGUGGUUUCGACAGGAAGGGGAAGUUAACAUUUCCGUUUUGUUAACUUUAAAGGAAAUGUUGGUAUAUCAUCUUUAUGCAAACAACAGCAUUGUGUCAUACAGCAGAGCCUCAUUUCUCUGUGAGCAGGAGAUGGAGUUUCAGCAGGUGCUGUUAAGAGUACAGGAGUCUCUCACUGGCGAUGAGGUGCAGGACAUGGUGUUCCUGUGCUCUGAUCUCCUCAGUCCAAAAGACCUCAGCACUGUGACCUUAGGCAGACAACUCUUCAGUCUUCUGGAGAACAGGGACCUGCUGUCAUCGGAGGAUCCAUCUCUGCUUCUAGAGCUGCUCAGGAUCAUUAAACGGAACAGCCUGCUCCGGAAUCUGCACUCUGAUGCUUUUACACAAGCCAACAGCAUGUUAUAUGCUCAACGGAUCUCCCCAUAUAGACAGUUGUUGUACGAGCUGUCUGAGUCCAUCUGUGAUCAGGACCUGAAAAACAUUAAAUUCCUACUGAUCAAAACACUACCGCGCAAAAAACUGGAGAAGGACAUGACGCUGUUGCAGUUGUUCUUGGAGAUGGAGAAGGAAGACCUUUUGGGUGAAGAUAAUUUGGACGUUCUGAAGGACAUUAUAGCAAGCAUCCAUCCUGGUUUAGAAAAAAGAAUUAUUCAAUACAAAACAGAGAGUUUUGGUGGAAGGGUUAUUGCUCAGGAAAUCGGGAUUAAUUCUUCCAAGUCGGACACAACAGCUCUGCCCUCACCGCUGACAUCAGUCUCAUCAGUUGACGCAAUGGGGGAGCAGGUGGACAGACUUAGUCUGACUGAAGGGGCUACUGGGAUUAGUGGAGAUCACAGCCAACAUUCGGAAUUUAACUCAGUAUUUGAAGAAGAGAGCACAGACUUGCCUGUGACUGAAAAUCCAGAGAUCCAGCAGUAUAAGAUGAAGGGGGACAGAAGAGGAGUCUGUGUAAUCAUCAACAACUAUGACUUCGGGGCAUGCAGGAUGAAAAACAGAGAAGGAACUGACAUUGACAAAAACAGACUGGAGGUUGUGUUUCAGUGGUUGGGCUUUGAGGUCCUGGCCGAACAGGACUGCGAUCGAAUGCGCAUUCUGCAAGUGUUGAGGGACCUGGCUGCUCGUGACCACACGCUGGCGGAUUGUGUGGUGUGCUGCGUGCUAAGCCACGGACGGGAAGACGGUGUCGUCGGGGUAGAUGGAAAGACUGUCACCUUUAAAGAGCUGAUAGAGACUCUGAGUCCAUAUCAGUGCUCCUCCCUCUACCAGAAACCCAAACUGUUCUUCAUCCAGGCCUGCAGGGGUACCAGAGAGCAGAGAGCAGUGUUUAGUCAAAAUUUCUUAGAAGAUGAGGACAUGCCAGUCAGCGAUGCAGCUGUACCCAGAGACUCCAUCCCUGAGGCGGCGGACUACCUGUUAGCCAUGUCCACUGUACCAUCCUAUGUCUCAUUCAGGGAAAAGGAAAAGGGAUCCUGGUUCAUACAGUCCCUCUGCCACAAUCUGCAACAGCUGGUACCAAGGGGAACAGAUCUACUCUCCAUUCUGACGCAAGUGAACAGUGAUGUGAGCAAAAAGACGGACAGAAGUGGACUGAAGAAGCAGAUGCCACAGCCAGAGUUCACCCUCACCAAGAGAGUGGUUUUCCCUGUCCCCAAAACUCGCCUACCCCUUCCAUAAUGUCAUGCUGCAGACCUCGAUACCUCUCAAACACAUUAGCAUACACAGUGUACCUGCUGUUCAUCGACAAUGUUUACAUGUUGAGCUGGGGUGAAGAUAUAUAUAUAUAUAUAUAUAUAUCAUGAAUCGACCACAUAUUGCACACCUAGGGAUGUGGUUCAAUAGACCUGCCAGCUAAUGUACAUUCAAAUGAAGGAUAAAUGCAAUAUUUUUGGUGACUAUCUUUUAUAAGUAGCUUUUGACAAACUUUCAGUAACGCUUUUUUUUUUUUUUUUUUUACAAAUGAUGUAGUGAAUACUGAAUACUGAUCGUGAAUACUGUCGUAUUGUUUCAUUCAGGACAGUCUUGCACAAUUAUGAAUUGUUCAUGGGACAUUACAUUUCCAACAUCAAUCAAACACUGAAACAAUGCUAUGAAUAUUCAUGCUGGGAAAAGGGGUAUGAUGGGAAAAACUGUAGCCUAUUUUAUUGCACUAUGUAUUUGUCCAGUAAGCAAUUCGUAUGACAGUUCUUUUCUCAUAACUGAUGCUAAAACACUUUUGCUUGUUGCUCUAGAUAAGAGUGUCUGUGGGCCCUAUCUAAAAGGGUUGUCCCUAUUCUCUUAAUGAGUAAUGGGUGUGUUUUGGGUGUAACGUGCAAUAAACCAAUCAGAGUGUCA